UCCCAACAUGGUAUAUGUAACUUAUCAUAGUAUGUGUACUGAAAAGUCUUGUGGACCAUUGGGUAAUUGCACAGCAGGUGGGGGAUGCAUUUGCAAUGAUGGAUAUGAAAUGCCUCCAGACAACCCGCCUACUUCAAAAUCAUAUGGCUGUAUUGAUAUCGAUGAGUGCACAAGGACUAAAGGAAUUUGUGGUCAUAAUACCAACUGUUACAAUACAGUUGGGUCAUACAGUUGUAACUGUUGGGAAGGAUUUCAUCUACCAAAGCCAAUACCAAAACUUAAACUGACCCCUGGCUGUGAAGAUAUUGAUGAAUGUCUUAGUGGUGUCUGUGGGCCAUACGGGACCUGCUACAACACCAUAGGAAGUUUUGUGUGCAACUGCUCUAAAGGAUUUAGGGCUGAUUAUAAGAUGUCCCCUAUUUGCCAAGAUGUUGAUGAGUGUUACAACUCAACGAUAUGUGGUCCAUAUUCUAUCUGCGAAAACCUGCCUGGAAAUUACUCCUGUAGCUGUAAGGUGGGUUUUGAACCAAUGGAUAAAACUAAGCAACCCAAUGAGACCAACGUCUGUAUUGAUAUUAAUGAGUGUAUCCUACCAGUGUGUAGUACAUGUAUAGACAUCUGCGGACCAGAUUGUAACUGCUCAAAUUCAAUUGGAUCUUACUUGUGCACCUGUAUCCCUGGUUAUCGGAUUAACAACCCAGACUUUAUAGCCAGCUAUGAUAACCCAUGCAGAGGCGUUGAAGAUGCUCUAAAUAAAGUUCCAGUCAAAGAGACGGUAGCCAACAGCUUUGCUGCAUCUAUGGCCGUGUCCGGUGUUGGACCACGAGCCACACAAAGCAAGGUGAGUAGUGAAGGAGAUCGGGAGACGGGCAACGCAAUUCUUGACCUUUCAGAGUAUAUCGUUGUUGCAAUGACUCCACAUACCGAAAACCAAACCAAAAAGGAAGUGCACUCUUCGACAGUGGAUCUGAGCCUGCUGGCCAUUGGUCCAGGGAGUAAGGAUAACUGGAAUACCUCCCUCUCUGCUAAUGGAAAUACCAUGGACUUCAACUUGCAGGCUAUAGCUCGUGCUAACAAUGGAUCUGCAACAGCUGCUUUUAUGACACUGAAUGGGAUGGAGAGUCUUCUCAGUCAUCAGUAUUUCCAAACAGAGAAAAAGACAGAUAUGUGUUCGGAUGUUAUCACAGCCAUAAUACCAGUUAAUAACACUAACCUCACAGAGCCUGUCAACUUUACUAUCUACCAUAGGAAGGAAGUACCAGAAACAGGAACAGUCAGUUGUGUUUACUGGAAAACCACAGAAACUGUAGAAGGAAAGUCUAUGAGCUGGUCAGAGGAAGGCUGCUGGGUUGCAUUCUCUAAUGAAAACUAUACAAUCUGCAGCUGUUCUCACCUUUCUACAUUCGCCCUGAUCAUGCAGAUUGGGGAGCCUACACCAUCAAAUCCUUUUUUAGAGUGGCUGAACCGGGUAUGUGUGAUUAUUGGACUAUUCUUCUUGGCUUUGGCCAUCUUUACCUUCCUUCUGUGCAGCUGGAAUCCCAAAAUUAACAACACAGCCCGUCUCCACCUCUGCCUCAACCUGUUUUUUUCACAACUGCUCUUGUUGUGGAAUGACAAAUACACUGAUAAUAAGCUGGCCUGCACUGUCAUGGCAGGGCUUCUCCACUUCUUAAUUGUUGCCAGUUUUGUGUGGAUGUUGCUGGAGGCACUACAGCUCCACUUGUUAGUACGGAAGCUCUCCCAGGUGCAAGUCAUCCGACGAGAUGGCCUCCCCAGGCCAAUUCUCUACCUUGUUGGCUAUGGUAUUCCAUUUGUAAUAGUGGGUGUUUCUGCACUAAUUUACUCUGAUGGAUAUGGUGUUACCUCCUCAAAUGUAUGCUUUCUCUCUACAAAGCGGAAUUUCAACUGGGCUUUAACGGGACCUAUUAUUGCUAUCCUAGCAAUCAACUGGUUAUUGUUCCUUGCUACUCUCUGGAGUCUGAGACCCACUUUGGCCAACAUGAAGAGUGAUGUUUCUCAAUCCAAAGACACCAGGUUGAUUAUUUUCAAAAUCGUGGCACAGUUUGUCAUACUGGGCUGUACAUGGAUUCUGGGCCUGUACCAGUCAAACCUUUUCUUCCAGGUCCUCUUCAUCAUCCUCAACUCCCAGCAGGGCACAUUCCUGUACAUCGUACACUGUCUGCUAAACAAGGAGGUGCGAGAGGAAUACAUUAAAUGGCUGACAUGCUCUAUUGGAAAAGAGGCAGCUGAGGAAAAAGAUCUGGGUUCGGUCACCGAAGAUUUCGAUAAGCCUGAGAACCAAAACAAUGAAGGGAAGAAGGACCACUGAUCCAAUGAAGUGAGCAACGCUAAAACAGACAACGCUAUAUGUAUCGAGUUAUUAUCCGUGCUUUUUCUUAAUUCCAUUUUAUUGUGUCUAGAAAGUUAACGGUAGCAUAGCAUAUUAGCUUAUUAGCUUAGCAUAUUGAUCUGUAUCAUUGUGUCUUUUAGGGCCCUAGCUUGCUAUUUUAACUGCUAAAGAA